CCAUUAGCUUCAUUCCUCCUCUCUUAUAUGUAUGUAUUAGCAGCUACUACUACAUGCAUGUAAACUAAGCUAGAUACCCACUCAUGGUAGUACAUAUAUAUACAUACAGGGAUCAUCGCAACAAUAUACGCAAGGCAAGUUAAGUAUUUGUAUAUGUGUCACAUCAUCCAUAACAUAUGGUAUCAAUUGGACCAUUGACACACUAGCUAGCAAGAUAGCUAGGGAAACAACAAAAACCCAGCCUGCUAAGCUCCGUUCUCCAUCCAAUCCACUCCAACUCCAAGUUGGCAUGCGCCACUGAUGACUACUACAAGUCGAUCGCAGCAGUAGUCUUCGUACUAUACUAGAAGGAAGCAUCAGGCAGCAGCAAGCUCUGGCUCUGGCUCUGGUUCUGGCUCUGGCAUAGGCAUAGCAUCCCCCAGCCCAUGAACUCCACCAACUCCGCGGUAGAGCAAAUGGCCAAGUACUACUGGGGUAUGCUGGGCGCCGCAAGGACGACGACCGGCGGCGCUGGCGCAGCGACUAGUAGCCUCAUCAGGUCAAGCUGGCCUCCACCAGCAGCGCAUGGCCGCAGCGGCGGCGAGCCGUCGUGGGAGGAGCUGGCUUUCGCCCGGGACGCGGCGGGGCAACUCGGCGGCUGCGUGUGGCCGCCGCGCUCCUACACGUGCACCUUCUGCCGCCGAGAGUUCCGGUCCGCGCAGGCGCUCGGCGGCCAUAUGAACGUGCACCGCCGCGACCGGGCUCGACUUCGGCAGUGCGCCUCCCCGUCGUCCCCGCCGGAUCAUGACCAGGAGCCGAUAGCCGCGCCUCUUCCAACGCCGGAAUUGGCGGAUCACCACCAGCUUCUGCAACUGCAGGGAUCUCCCUUGUUCAGGACAACCAAGGCGGCAGUAUUAAUCUCUGGCCGCCCUGCUUGUGAUCAUCAUCACCAAAAUUAUUACAAUGAUAACAGGGAGGAGGAGGAGGAGGAGGAGGAGGAGGAGGAGGAGGCUGUGAUUACCACCACUUGUCCUCGGUACAUAUCAACGACCAUCAUCAAGGAGAGCAAGAGCAAGGUAGUCAUCUCCAUACCUGCAUCAACAGCGGCGGCGGGGAGCAUCAAAGAAACCGCUAUAGCAAUCAUCGGUGAGGAGGAGGAGGAGGAGGAAGAGGAGAUCAUGUUGGCGGGGAGGAGAAAGCGAAGGCGACUAGUUUCACAGCCACCAGAGCCGGCGUUUACAUCGCCGCCGUUCUACGACCUGCGGCUUGUGGCGGCAUCAUCACCCAAAGGAGGAGUUGAGCAUGAUGCGAAGGUACCCAACAAUAAAGUAACCAGUACAAGCCCUAGUAGCCUCAGUCCACUGCAUCAUCUUGCAGGCCGGCAAGAAGAAGUGGAUCUGGAGCUCAGGCUUGGCACUAGCUAGCUAGUCCUCCUCCUAAAUUAUGUUGCGUGAAUGAUCCGCAAGAUUGAGUGUGUGCGUGCACAACUGAAUCAUCUGCUUGCUGCUUCAUAUAUACUUCUCGUGAUCCUUCUUGUUCUUGAUUAAUUUCAUCUGUCUGUGUGCUCAGCUAUGUGGGCCUCUUUAAUUUGGUCAUCUUGUGCAUGAUUAUAUUGUUAUUCCUGAUUUUGUAUAUCCAGGCCAAUCGAUCGAUACUCCUUCGACCAAAGGCCUUAUUAUUAGCAUGUAUAUGCCGAUUGUAUA